GCUCGGAGUUUGUGGGAAAACAAACGGAGCGAGAAGUUUGAGCAGGUCCGCAAGCUGGUUUCUUUGUUUGGGUGAUCUUCAUCGCUCAGUCUUCCUCCUCCUCUUGUUUGUCCGCUGGGAAAUGACGCUCCAGUGACGGUCAGACCGAGCCGAGCUAGAGGAAGAGGAGGAUGCAGAGAUGAAGCUGGUUUUGUGGGUCGUCGUGUUUUCCCUGCGGAGUCCAGCGGGGAGCUGCGGGAGCGGCGUGGUGUUCACGAAGCACCCGUCCAAUCAGACGGUGUCUCAGGGGAAUGAGGUGCGGUUGGGCUGCGCCGUGGAGGGCGUUACAGAGCCCGAGAUCAUGUGGAUGAAGGACGGCGAGAAGCUAUACAGCACUGACCAGGUGUUCCUCACGCUGGGAGAGCAGCACUGGGAGACGUCACACAGUGUGAAGUCGGUCCAGCAGCAGGAUGCAGGUCAGUACUGGUGUGAGGUGGAGUUCCACGACCUGACGUUCUCCUCUGAGCGAGCCUGGAUCACAGUGGAAGGAGUCCCUCACUUCACGCAGGAGCCCCAGGAUGUGGCGACGUUCCCUAAUGCUCCCUUCAACCUGACCUGCGCUGCUGUUGGCCCCCCUGAGCCCGUGGAGGUGCUGUGGUGGCUGGGAGGAGUCCAGAAGGGAGAGCCCAAACCCUCGCCUUCUGUCCUCCACGUCCCAGGUGUGAACAGCAGCAUCAAGUUUUACUGUGAAGCAAAGAACGCCAGAGGAAUCUCUGUGUCCAGAACUGGAACAGCUCACAUCAAAGUGCUGCCGGCGGCUCCAGUCAGCCUGCGGAUCCUCAGGACAGUGGACAACAUCACGGUGUCAUGGACGCCAGGAUUCACUGGUCACUCUGAGCUGUCCACCUGCGUCAUCCAGGUGUCGAGGCACUCCGCCCGUAGGUGGGACCUCCCUCAGCAGGAGGUUCAGGUUCCUCCUCACCUGCGUGUACUGACCCAUCUGAGGAGUCACUCCAACUACAGCGUGAGGGUCUCCUGUGUGAAUGAGGUGGGGGCGUCUCCUUUCUCCCCCUGGCUGCACUUCCAAACACCUGAGUCAGUACCCUCUGUGGCCCCCGUGAACUUGACCUUUGACCUCUCAGAGCAGCAGCUCUUUCUGAAGUGGGCGGAGCUUCAGGAAGACGAGCUGCAGGGGAAACUGUUGGCCUACAAGGUGCAGUGGACUUUGGCAGGAGAGACUCAGGAGCCGCUGCUAUUUAAGGAGAACUCUGCCCGCCUCUCUGGAGGAGGUCGUUUCUUUAAUGCUUCCUUCCAGGUGGCGGCCUGCACAGCGGUGGGCUGCGGACCGUGGAGCCCCCCGGUGCUGGUGCUACCCCCCUCAGCACAGAUCCGGGUCCAGCGGAGCCACAUGUGGGUCGGCCUGCUGCUCGGCCUGCUGGUUGCUACCAUUGUUGGCCUGUUGCUGACCGUCGUUGCUCAGCGCCGCGAGAAAGAGACACAGUUUGGCUCAGCCUUCAAGUCUCCGGGUGCAGAGACCUCAGUUUCCUUCACAGCAGCUCGGUCCUUCAGCAGAAAUGUCACGGACCUGCAGGAGUCCACCUUGGACAGUCUCGGCAUCAACGAUGAGCUGAAGAAUAAACUGAAAGACGUUUUGAUUUCUGAGCGGCUGCUGACGCUGGGACACAUGCUGGGGAAAGGUGAGUUUGGCUCAGUGCGUGAGGCCUUCCUGAAGAGUGAGGACUCAUCCGUCCAGAAGGUAGCAGUCAAAGUUUUGAAAUCUGACAUCACCUCAUCAGGUGACAUUGAGCAGUGUCUGAAGGAGGCGGCCUACAUGAAGGACUUCCACCAUCCCAAUGUCAUCCAGCUCAUUGGAGUGAGCCUCCACCGGCGUCCUGGCCAGCGACUGCCAAUCCCGAUGGUGGUUCUGCCGUUUAUGAAGCACGGAGACCUGCACACCUUCCUGCUGCUGUCCAGGCUGGGAGACGAGCCGUUUGACCUGCCUCUGCACACGCUGGUCCAGUUUAUGUUGGACAUCUCUCGGGGGAUGGAUUAUCUGAGCAGCAAGAACAUCAUCCACAGAGACCUCGCCGCCAGAAACUGCAUGCUGAACGAGGACAUGACUGUGUGUGUGGCGGACUUCGGCCUCUCUAAGAAGAUCUACAGUGGAGAUUAUUACCGUCAGGGCUCUGUCUCCAAACUCCCCGUCAAGUGGAUCGCUCUGGAGAGUCUGGCUGAUAAUGUGUACACCACGCAGAGUGACGUGUGGGCGUUUGGUGUGACGAUGUGGGAGAUCAUGACUCGCGGCCAGACUCCGUAUCCCGGCGUGGAAAACUCUGAGAUCUACGAGUUCCUGAUCAAAGGAGAACGACUGAAGAAACCGUCCGACUGCCGAGACGACAUAUAUGAGAUCAUGCACAGCUGUUGGAGUCCAGUACCUAAAUGUCGGCCCAGCUUCCAGCAGCUGGUUGGCCAACUGGAGGCGCUGUGGCUCAGCCUGUCCCCCGCCCCCACUCAGAAGGAGCCAUUGCUCUAUGUCAACCUGGAGAGCAACGAAGGAGAGCAUGGAGGAGGAGCCGAAGCCUGGGCCCCGGGGCUGGAGGAGGCCGCGGCUUUGAGCUGGGGUGUCCCCUGGCAGCGGCAGGUGGAGGUCGAGGAGAAAGACUGGCUGAUUGGGUCAGGGGCGGCGUUCGCCAUUGGUGGCGACUACAGGUACAUCAUUGGCCCCUGUGGAGCCUCCGAGGAGGAGGAGGGGAGGAGGAGGUCCGUGGACACAUUACAGGAAGAGGUCAGGGACGAAGAGGAUGACAUUGUCAUCAACGUCUGAAUACUGACCAAUCACAGUGCUCCUCUGUCAACUGAUCAGACACUCACUUCAAGGCACGGAGCAGCAGCAGGCAGGUGGAGACAGACUGAGGGACAGUCAGGACCACCCCUCCCAGUCUCUGAACCAUUUCCUGUUUUCAGAUUCAAACGAUCAAUAAAGAAAUCGAUCAGCAGAUGAACCAUUGAAGGAGGAAAGAAGGAGUUUGUAGACGUCACUUUUUCACAGACUGAGAAAAAUCAGCAUAUUGAAGCUUCCUGAUUAGUGGCGAGGAAACGGAAGGGGGUGCUGAAACACGUCAUUAAUAAACUUGGUUUGUUUUGGUAUUCAUGAACGUCAGAAAAUCAAUAAUUCAUGUUUUAUUAAUUGAUCUGUGGUCCAUUUGUGUUCUCAUGUCAUCUUCAAACUUUUGGUGAAUUCUCAUGUCUGAGCCAUUAAGCAACAAAUCUAUUAUUAAUCACUUCCUGUUAACUAAUCGAUUAAUCAGCCUGGAUAUUUUCAGCUCGUGUUUUAGAGGAUGAUAUUUGGUUACGUGAAUAAAAUGGAGAGAGUUGUGCUUUUAUUCUGAAAGACUGAGGUGUCCCAAAGACAUCUGUGACCACAUUUGGGCCAGUAGCCUCCCAUUGGAAACCACUGAACUGAACCUUUAUUAACACUUGAGGUUUAUUUCAGGUUUGACCUUCCUGCUGGAGCUCCUCCCACAAAGCGUCCAUCUUUCUGAACUGAAGUGCUUGGACUUUUUAUUACAUUUCACCAGCUGCAGGAAAGGUGGCUCCACCUCCUACUCACCCACCAGUAACAUGGUCAGUCACAUGGUUGCUCAGCUGCACUCUUAUUGGAUGCUAAAAUCCUGGUUUCACAGGUAAAGCGAGGGCAUUUGUUUUGUCAUUUUGACUUGAAGCUCCUCCUCAGCGAUCAGAGUCUGAGUUGUUGAGUAAACGUCCAGCAGGUGGUAAUCUUUCCGUUCUCACGGUUCAUGAAUGAGACCGUUAAAAACUGCUUUCUGAUCAGAUUUAUUGGAAAAAAAUGUCCGAAAGCUGCUUCACCUGUACUGAGGCCUGCUGUGGUCUUCAUACAUGUGACUUCAGGCCCCUCAGUGGGCCCCUCUGUGGUGAUUGGUUGCCCCCGGUUGCUGCUGCUGUAACAGUGAAGCUGUUUUUUACUGAAUUAACUUGUUUAUAAUGGUGACAGAUGAUUUAUUGAUCCUCUAACUGGUUAAUAUUGGUUAUUGAUCCUAGUUUGUGUCUGCAGUUUUUUGUGUUGCUAUGAUGACAUUCCUUACCUCUGUGUGUGACCUCUUACUGACUCCAGAUCUAUAAGCAAGUGAUAAAUGAAUAAAAUGU